CGUCCCGACCCAACUGGGCCUAGCGCUGUUAUGCCAAGCGCGAAGUCUCCAUCAACAUCAGCUCUUCUCCAACGCACGCCUUUUCCACCGUGCGUGUUUCUUUCCCGUACUUGCUCCUACCACAACAGCUGGACCCGACUACUUCUGCUUCGGGAUCUCUUCUUUUUCCUCUAUUUCUUAACGGCCUACUACCAAUAAAUGUCUUCUUAGCAUCCAUUACCCUCUCGUGAACCAGCAUCCAGACGUGUUUUCCCAAGUCACGUCGCGUGCUCUUCACACUAGCUACCUUUGAUACGACCCGGCCUGCAACGCCCCUCCUCGCCACAGCUUCACACAGACGAGGCAAACACGCUCUGGCCUGACAUCCAGAGCAUGUCCAUUGGCUAGUUUUAUGGCAACCGUAUCGCUAUCUCCUACUCCUGCCCCCAUUGCGGCCAUGUCAUCACGCAGAAUCCCCUUGACCAACAAUCCCAAUGCCGCCAAUUCUCCUCUUCGAGGAUCAUCGACUUUGGCUGCAUUCGCCAAGCAGAAACGCUCUUACGCUACCGCCCAACGCGAGGAAGCCUACGGUCAACCGCCUCCCAUGAAAAAGCAAGCUCUUGAAAAUGGCUCGCACCGUCUUGUCCGAUCGCCUUCCAAGCUCCCUCGCUCCCAGCUUGUCUCUCGAAGCCAUGUUGCACAACCCCAGGCCCGAGACCGCGUUUCUCGGCCUGCAGCACCAUCUAGAUCUACUCAUGAUGCAGAUGCUGAAAAAGAAGUCUGGAAAAAGCACCACAUGGCUAGAUUUCCUAAAAUGGUCUUCUAUUUCGAAAGCAUCCCCGACGACGUCCGUGCCAAGCUUAUCAAGCGUGUUACUUAUCUCGGAGCUCGUCAAGAGCCAUUCUUCUCCAAGGACGUGACCCACGUCGUCACGACGCGGCCGAUUCCUCGUGACAAGCCUGAACAUGAUGCCGAGAAGGAACAUGAACAGGAGCAAGAAACCCAAGAGCAGCCCCAAACAAUUAACCCGUCGCUGCUGGAUAGAAACACUAGUGAGGCAAGAAGAAAACUUCUCUUCGAGUUUCGUCAAACACCUCUUCCCUCCCAGUCCCAAGACGACUUAGUCAAGCGCAACAAGGCUUCCCGCAACAAUGAUGUUAUUCUCAAGGCACGUGAAAUGGGCAAGAAGAUUUGGCCAUUGGUAAAAUUCCAGAAUAUGCUUUCUGUCCUGUUGGAAGCCGAUCCCCAACGCGGCCAAGGCGUCCGUCAUCUCGCCUCUGGCAGCCAGUAUGGAGCUACUAGAGGUCAUGAAGCCAAUCUUCUUCAGCUUCUUCAGCAUGAGCGUCUCAAUGGUCCUACUGAUCGUGACCCCACUGCUGUCAACAGGGAGUUGAACUACUUCAAAGGCCCCUAUAUCUAUGUGUGGGAUAUGGAUGAGAAACAAAAACCCAUAAUGGCACGCGACUACCCCAAAGUCGUCAACAAGACAGAUGGCGAAUGGCCCCAAUUCCGAAGUGUUGGCAAUGGUCGCUGCCCAUUUGUUGAAGAAAUGGACAUUCCCGAGCGAAGCUACCGCAAAGCUAAAGAGCAGCGUGAGACGGCUAAGAUGGUUAAGAAGGAUGAAUCGGUUACAAUCUUGAAACCGCCAGAGAACCCUCUCCCUAAGCCUGUUACAGGCAAACGCACUUUGACUGAGAUGGAAGAUGGUCAUAACAAAGCACGUGGCAUGGCUGUUACUGAUGCGUUCAGUGCUGCCCGUGCUACCAUCAACAAGCCUAGUGAACUGCGUCAAAAUGCGUUUAUUAGCCGGGCUGAGGGUGGCCGUGUUUUGGGAGGAGAGCCUGUUGCAUCUGGCAUGCAGGCAUCCAACAUCACAUCCGCCAUCCGAUCUCAAAUGAUCUCUUCUACCUCUGGCAUCCAUGGUGCUAAGGCUGGAACUAGCAAAGAGGUUCAUGGACUUCAACGUAAGGUUCUGCAAAAGGCCGCCCCUGCCUCUCAUGAUCACAGCUCGCGACGCCUUGCCGAGGUUUCGAUGGAUGUCGCUUCUAGCCGAUCCACGACCAUGGGACGCCCCAACUCCAAGUUGGCUACUAUGACAGAGGAUAGCCAAGAGAGAGAGAAGAAGCCUCAGCCCAAGAGCAAAAAGGAUAUGAAGCCUGGCUAUUGCGAGAAUUGCCAGGAUAAAUUCCAAGACUUUGAUGAACACAUCUUGACCCGCAAGCAUCGCAGAUUUGCAGAAGACAGCGAAAACUGGACUGAUCUGGAUGCUUUGCUCUCACAGCUUACUCGUGUACCCAAGUACGCCGCCAUGGACUCCGACACAGAGUAAUUGCGUUAGCCUUAACGCACAUUUUUAUUGAUAACACGACUUGACCCGACGUUGCAUACGACUAAUUUCAGUCGUCUGUAACCAUUGACAGGCGCAAACGGAUUUAAUUUCUGCAUCUCAAUCAGAUACCCGCAACUGCAUUAUACUUGCGACAAGAUACCAUUUUGACUUUGAUCAUUCUGCAUUGCACGAGCACGCCCUUUCUUCCUGGCGGCCUGAUUGAGCCCUUUUUUCUCUUUACUUCGAAUUGUUCGGUUGACAUUCGCAUUUUUUGAAGCCAUUGUUUUUUCUUAGCUAUGACGAACUGCAUGCGGAAGAGGUGGAAGCAGCAUGGACGGUUGGCAUAUGUUAUUUUUGGUUGAUUUUUGGACUGCGUAAUCUCGCAGUGGCGUUUAUUUAACGGUUUGAUCCUUGACAGGAUUUAUCAUGGAUAGCUCACAUCGGUAGGACAGCAUCUUAUGGCGGAAUUAGGCUGCAUAGGAGUUGACGCACUUUGGUAACCAGGUUUUCUGGGACCAGCGAGAUGUCUCGCAUUAUAAGUAGCGUGUAUGCCAGAAAAGAAUCAGAUAGUAUUGUAUAUAUACAAUUCAAAUU